UAUGUCGAAUCAGUGCGCAGUAUUACACGGACAGAGGAGAAGGAAGAGAGUGAGUGAGUCAGUUAUCGUCCAGCUCUAAUCCGAGCAAAACUGUUGUUUUGCUCUACAUUAUAGAAAAAUUAUUAGAACCAAGCCUUUAUUAAAUUAUUUAGUGAGUUCUGUUUAUAUUUUAAGGGAUUUUUGCAAUAAAUCAAUACCUAGACCAACGUUCAAUUACUUGGUGAUAUAAUUAUUAAUAAUAUAUAUUUUUGAAAUUUAAUUCUCCGUAAUAAUAAUGGAAACUUCAGAUAUUGUGCCUCCUCAAAUCUAUUCAAUGCACAUUGAAACGACAAUAAGUAACCGUUUUGCCAAAACUCUAAUUACAAGUACAGUAAAAAAUACUGACAAUAAAGCUAAGGAGGCCAUAUUUUCGGUCAUUUUGCCGGAAAACGCCUUCAUCUCAGAAUUUGAAAUGGAAAUUGAUGGAAAAAUAUUCAAGGCUUACGUGAAAGAGAAAGCUGAUGCUAAGGCAAUAUAUAAUCAGGCCGUUUCAAGUGGGCUUAGUGCGGCUCAUGUCGAACUAAACGCUCGCGAUUCGAAAAAAUUCACCGUUUCGGUGAAUAUUGAACCGUCGAGUGAAAUCAUCUUCAGACUCACGUACGAGGAGCUUUUGCAACGCCAGAAUGGCCAAUACGAACUUAUUAUUAACGUACAUCCGGGACAAAUCGUUGAUGAUCUCUGUGUGGAAGUAAAAAUUGACGAAACGCGCCCUUUGACCUUUGUCAAAACUCCCUCGUUACGUACAGGGAAUGAGAUAAGUGACGAUAAGCCCGAAUUGGAUCCUUGUGCCAAAACAGAGAUGAUUAACGCGAAUUCGGCCAAAGUUAGAUUCAAUCCGGACAAAGAGCAGCAGAAAAAAUAUGCAGAGCUGCUCGGGAGUAAAGAUCAGGGGCUUGCGGGCCAGUUUGUUGUGCAGUAUGACGUAGAAAGGGACCCAAAAGGGGGCGAAGUUUUGUUACGUGACGGUUAUUUCGUCCAUUUUUUCGCCCCAAGUGGGCUACAAACGUUCCCAAAACAUGUAGUUUUUGUCUUGGAUCACAGUGGAAGUAUGGGAGGACGCAAAUACGAACAAUUAAAACAAGCAAUGGAUAAAAUUUUGUCCGAUUUAAACCCCGAUGAUUUGUUUCAUAUUGUGCGAUUUUCCGAAAUUGUUUCAGUCUGGAAUUUGGAAAAAAAUAAGUUUGAUAAAAUUCGUUUCAAGCAAAUGCCUGACUAUGAAAAUUUUGAUUCGGUCCUAGCGGAGUUUAAUUUAAGGGAUGCGAUUCAAGUGACUGAAGACAAUAUUAAAAAAGCCAAAAGUAUCAAAGACGAUAUUGUGGACAUGGCAUGCACUAAUAUUAUCGGGGGAUUGGUAGUCGGUCUGUAUUUAGUGCGACGUACUUUACAAAAAUUUUACGAAAAAAAUAUUGAAACUAAACACCAACCAAUGAUUAUUUUUCUCACUGAUGGGUUACCAAAUGUUGGUCUAAUUAUACGAGACGAAAUUACCAAUGUUGUGACUAAAAUCAAUCAAGGGACAAACAGAGCUGCAAUUUUCUCCCUGUCUUUCGGUGAAGACGCCGAUAAAAAUUUCUUGAAAAAAUUGUCGGCCCAAAAUUUGGGCUUUUCGAGGCAUAUUUACGAAGCAGCUGAUGCCGCCCUCCAAUUGCAAAAUUUCUACCGCACUGUUUCCUCCCUUUUGCUGCGAGACGUCCGAUUUAAAUACGUCGACAAAGUCUCAGAAGUGACCCGAAUUGAUUUCCCGAUUUUUUUCCUUGGUUCGGAAUUUGUGAUAGCCGGACGAUGCGGAGACACACGACCUUUGAGACACGUUGAAGCUUUUUGUACCAACGGUUGCAUCGAAUUUGAAACAGACGAGACCGAAAGUGACGUGUCUCUAGAGCGACUUUGGGCCUAUUUAACCGUCAAACAAUUGCUAGACGAGGCAGAAACGUCCGAAAAUCGCACUGAAUUGACCAAAAAGGCACUCAAUUUGGCCCUGAAAUAUUCUUUCGUGACUUCAGUCACGUCUUUGGUUGUUGUAAAACCGCAACAAAAUGAAACGUUAGAGAAUGUUGAUUAUACUCGUAAUCGCCGUUUAUCAAGAGAUGACGCAAUACCACAAUCGGCUUUUGUGCCUAAUUCAGGCGGUCGUUAUCCCGCUAUAAAAUAUAGCCUUAAAACUUCACCUUUCCAUCGAUUAUAUAGUCACUGUAAGGCUCACAUUUUCGUUGCGCCUGAAUUACCAAAUUUGUCUUCUGGAAUGCGCAAAGUCUUUACUGGUUUCAAACACAAGGACGAGAUAACACAAUUUAAAACUUGGGUGAACACCACUCAGCCACAUUUGCCCCAAAUUAACGAUGUGCAAGCACAUUUGUUUUUGCAAUGUUGUGACUACAACGAAGAAAUGGCAAAAAAUUUGAUUGAUUCAUAUUUUACGGUGCGCACUUUGUGUCCUGAAUUUUUUACUGGGAGAAAUGUUUCGAAAUCUCCUCUUUUGAAGAGUUGGAACGUUGUGUUUAUGACUGUACUAACGGAGAAGACACAAGGUUACAUUUGUGUAAAACUGUGGGACGUGGAUCCUAACAAUUUCGAUUUUAUUGCAACUGUUAAAUGCUUUGAUAUGAUGUGCUCUCUACAUUUCAAUAAGGGGGAAAUAUUUGACGAGUAUUGUCUAGUUUUAGAUAUGAACGGUCUCACUUUGGAGCAUUUAGACAAACUGGAGCCGUCACUUUUGAAAAAGUUUCUAUUUUAUUUGCAAGAGGCGAUUCCAAUUAAAAUAAACAAGAUACACUGUUACAUUCCGUCUUCUGAAGACAACGACAUAGUAUCUGACAUAAGGGCAUUACUAAAACCACUCGUAAAAGAAGAAAUAAUGUCCAAGAUUUCUUUUCCUAGCACCGCUGGUUAUUUGUUAUGUUACGCCUCAAAAAAGUGUGUUUUUAAAGGAUAUGGGGGCACUUUAGACGUCGAGAAUUUGAUCACUAAAACCUGGAGAGAAUUUCAUAAAAACACUGCAUUUUUUCAAGAAGAAGAAAAACAAGUAGUUGACGAAACGAAACGAGUCGAGCCACCAAAAAUAACAAAUGACUGUUUUAACUAGCGACUUUAUGUAAUAGAUUUUGUCAAAUAAAUAGUAAAUUAUCUUGGUUAA